UUGCGAUAUUUGCAGACGCGAAUUCGUAAAAAUUAAGCACGGUACGAUUAGGUCUUCGAUAUCAUUUCUCACACCAUUACCGCGGUACAAACUUUAUCCAAAAAUCGUCCGGGCUAGUGACAAACGCUGUACGCCGUUUCGAUAAAUCAGGCAACUGAUCCGAUGCGCGCUGUUGCAGAUCGAAGUUUUGCACGAUCGUGGUCAGGACAAGGAACAUCGUAUUGCGAGCAUACGUUUCACCAGCGCACAGUCGCUUCCCAGCGCCAAAAGCAGACAACUCUGUAAUCAAUUUGGAGCAAUACCCCGCUGGACCAAGUUUGUUUACCGCCCAAACUAAUCAUCUUAUCAAAAUUGACUGCCUUUGUGAUUCGUCCGCUCAGAUUGAUACGCAAUCACAGGAUGGAUGCCAGCUCGCUGGAGCGGGCGACGGAUUUGAUAAAGUGCUGCAAAGUACCAAGGCUUUGCAACAGCGUCGAAGAAGCACCACUGGAGCGUGCUACGUUCGGCCAGUUCAUACACGUGCUAGAGGCCACCCUACCGACAGUGUUUGACAUACUCGCCGCACAUGGUGCCGAGCUGACCGGUUAUGACGAGUACAACGCGGACCACAACGUAGAGUUCAAAUCGUGGCUAGCUCUCGUUAUAGUCGAGCAGUACGCGGACGAUCCGGCGGGGCUUCGAGCGGAUUAUCAAACGGAAGCGGUGGUGCUGCAAAAACGCAUCGCACAAUUUUUCCAUGGCCACGAACUGGAGCAUCUGCUGACCGGCAAGGGGAGUGAUACGGUUUUACGUUUUCUGUACGGACACUAUCAGCGUGUGCUUGCGCCAGACCAGUGGAAGUAUCACCCGGCUGACGUUGGAGGCUUCGUACGCCUGGUGGAGUUCCUGUACGGGCCGCUACCGCUUUGCCAGCAUGCCCCAGAGCUGGAUGACGAUACUGCAGCAUACAUUCUGUCGGUCGGAAUCACACUGGUCGAGUUUUUCGAGCCCUCCUAUCGAUUGAUGGGUUUGCGGCUAUUUUGCGUACUACUCGGAUCACGCAAUAAGGAUGUGAUGAAGCGCACCAACAUCCAUCGGGUGGUCUAUAGCAAUGCGAUGAAGCUGACGGUGAAACUGGAACAUGAGCCGUUUAUCGAAGUACUUUGGAGGUGCAUUUAUCAGUACGUAGAGCUGGAAGAGAUUGACCGAAAAGAUUACACUCAGUGGAACACCGUUGAUGACAUUAUGGAUACACUUUUGCAACAGCUCAUGUUCGCAUCAAAGUUGCGCACAUCUCAGAUCUACCUGCUAUACCUUAUCAAGCUGCUUGCGCUUGAUCUGCCCAAUUACAUGAUCGACGAGCUAGACGAAAUACAGUCAAUUAACCAAAAAUGCCAUCUGUAUGAGCCAGUGUGUGAGCAGCUCCGCCAAGAAUGCCUCGGUGGGUUCCGCAAUCGGCGGUACUAUCGGUGGACGAAACGGAUCAUCGAGAUGCUCCCGCACGAGGCAGCCAAGUGCCAAGGGCUAUCUCGGGAGAACGGUAAAUAUUGUCAUGGGGUGAAUCUACUCUUCGUACUGAGUACGUUCCCGGUUGAACCGGAAGCACUCCAGCCCCAUGUGAAAACUCAGACAACACUGACCGAGUUUAUGAAUGUCUUUAAACAGUACGAGAAGCAACAGAACAAAGCCUUAGAGAAGCCCUCGAGCGCAACGUGUGAUUUGAUUUACAACAUCAAAGGGUUGCUUUCCAUCAGUAGGUCGAUGCUCCUGUUCCUGGCGUCGUUAGCGCCGACCUAUUUUCCCGCGCAUCCCCAGUUGGCUGUGUUGGGGCAACAGCUGAGCGAUGAUUGUGACGAUUGUGACUCAAUCAUGUACGACUGUAUGCAAAAUUUAGUGCAAAAAUUGACCAUUGAUAAUUAAAAUAAUUUUUCUUGGUUGUACCGGAAAACAUAGCUAAAUUAGGCGCCAAUGAUAAUUUUAUAUAUAAGUAUAAUCCCAAAGUUUAGCGUAGUAAAGUUCUAUUUUAUACGGUUUUCGCAAU